AUCAGGAUGCGGAGAACCAAUUAACUAAAUUUACGAGUACAGUCGUUGAACAAGCAGUACAUCCAAUCACUGGUACUUACAAAGCAGAGUACAUUUAUAGAUGGAUGGAAAAUGAAUUGAAGGCGAGAACAAAUCAAGUUGAGGUUUUAAGAAUAAAAAAUACAACAUUGAAUCAUGAAAUGGGUAAAGUGUCCCUGAAGGCUCAGCAACAAGCAGAAACAGGGGAGGAUGAUGAGAUAGAAGGAGGACAUGAAGAACUACAACUUCAACAACAACAUCUUAUUCAAAA